AUGUGUAAUCAAAGACCAGCCCUGAUUUUUCCUUUGUUGCUUAUCUGCUUCUUUAGGGAGAGCUUCUGCAUUUGCGAUGGAACUAUCUGGACAAAGGUUGGAUGGGAGAUUUUUCCAGAAGAAGUAUAUUACCUGAAAGUUAAGCCUUCUCCAUCUCACUGUCUACCUUUCCCGCUGAACAAACUAUGCUGCAACUUUGCUAACAUGGAUAUAUUUCAGAGUUGCUUACACGUCACUUCUAUUUUGGCACAAACUCUCUUUUUAAUCCUGUCGGUUUUAUCUGCGCACUACUUGUGGAUGAAGUGGAAGAAACACAAAAAAAAGAUGAAAGAACAAGUUCCCUUGGGAAAAAGCGGCAAUGAUCUACAAAGUCCAUCCAUUUAUGACAUUGACCAAAUACUCUGCAAACUGGUGGCUACAACAUCAAUGAUGACCAAGUACCUGAACCAGGUGUCCCAUCGCUCGCCCUCUAAGAAAGUUAAGUACCGCAAAUUAAAGAAGAAGAAGAGCGAAGGAGGAGCCAUAGGAUACUAA